GAAAAAUUUUAAAUGUACACAAUCAGACUAAGGAUCGUAUUAUAAUCUUAAACUAAGGUUGAGCUAGGAACAAGAAAACUAAUUAGUCUGGAGAAUCGGACGAGAUAUAAAUCAGGCCAGAAGAAAUUUAAGAAUGGAAUUUGAGAAGGAUUUAUAUAUUGUUGAUACUGAUACUGGAGUAGAUGAUGCUAUAGCUCUAUUACAGGCUGUUGCAGCAAAGAAAAAGAACCAGAUAGAACUGUUAUGCAUUACUGCUGUAAACGGAAACUGUUCUUGCGAGGAUGCUGUCAGGAAUAUCUGUCGGGUGCUUGAUACAGUUAAUGUUCAUGAUGUUCCAUUGUAUAGAGGUGCCACUCAACCACUAGUUGUUCCAUAUACACAUGAGAAACCUUACCACGGAGAGGACGGGUUUAAUGAUGUAAAGUUUGAUACAGAACCAGAUAUGUCAAGAGUAAAGGAUGAACAUGCCUGGAAUAUGAUAAGUGAACUAAGCAAACAAUAUCCAAACAGGAUUACUCUCGUAGCUAUUGGUCCUCUCACUAAUAUUGCUCUGGCAAUGAAGUUAGAUCCUGGGCUCCCCACUAGACUCAAGGAGAUAUUCAUCAUGGGAGGAAAUACAGAGGGAAUAGGAAAUGUGACAGCUUCAGCUGAAUUUAAUUUCUGUGCUGACCCUGAAGCAGCGAGUAUAGUUCUCCAGCUGACCAGCUGUCCGACCUAUAUUGCUGGCUGGGAACUAUGCUUUAAGUAUACAAAGCUAACCAGGCAGUGGAGAGAUCAGGUGUUGGGAACUAUUGAUAAACCAGCUGCUGUUCUUGCUCAACAAUUGGAAAUGGUUUGGUUCAAUGAUUAUCCCUGGGGAGAUCAUUGGAUUAUCUGCGAUCAACUAGCAAUGACGGCAGCUCUCAACCGUUCCAGUAUCAAGAAAAGUUCUCCUUAUAAUGCUCAGGUGGUGAUUGGAGAUAGUCUAGCAAGAGGAAUGAUGGUUUUAGACCAACGAGUUUUACGAUAUAAAGCUAACAAUGUAAUUGUUAUUGAGGAGCUUGAUGAAGAAGUUGUAAAAGAACAAAUGCUCAUUGCAUUUAAUCAAUAGAAUCAUUCACAGAGUGUACAAUAAUUGAAUAUAUUAAGAAAUAAAUCCAUAGUUUGUGAUA